CGACCGAUAUGAUUUUGGGGUUUACUCUUUUUGAUAAUAGCAUUUUCUACAGUCGUCCUCGGAGUGGCAUGGUGAGUUUGGCGAUGUUCCAGACUUCCAUAACAUCAAGGUGGGGAAUUGCCAUUUUGAUAGUGCACUUCUUCAGUCAAAUACGGUACAUUGGGAACAACAAGGGAGACAAAAAUUUCUACUAUGAAUACAGCUCUACGAACCAUUUGGAAGCACACAUACUAUUGUAACAUCUCAUCUUCAAGCUUGCAUACUCAAAUAUAUCUCCAACUGCAAAUAUGAACAACUUGGGUAAAGCAACGAAAUUCUUGAAGGACACCCCCGAGUUGAUCCCGCUUGCGGUACCAGUCGGCCUAGCCAUCGGAUUCGCUGGCUUCACCAUCGUGAGGAAUUUGAUGACUAACGCUGCUCUGACCGUCAAUUCAAGGCCUUUCGAUAAAGAGCACAGUAAACUUCUACAAGCACCUACCCCAACGUUGGGCGGUCACUCACCCAAUGACACCAAGUAGACUGCUCCGGAAGAAAAUAUUGUUAUAUUUUAUAUGAGGGCAUGCUAUAGUCCCAACAACCAGGAGGAGAGUCGGAUUCUUUUGAGAUCGAUGACUGAAACGAUGACACAACGAUGACCAAUCAAAGUGAAUCCAAUAUAUUUGGUGUUGAAGAAUAAAGAUUUUAAAUUUUUUUUGUAAAAGGGCAGUGUAUGUCGCUCUUCAGUUGGUUGUGUUGGUGGUCGUGCCAUCUGUUUCUUUGUGUUAUUGGUCGUG